AUGGAAGGAUCAAAAGCCCUAACCCUAAGUGACGACGAGGCGAGCUCGCCAGUGGAUCCAACGAUGACCAAUGAAUCUGCGACCGCCGCCGCCCCGCGAUCGUCCUACUACGAGUGCGUGUUCUGCAAGCGGGGGUUCUCAAACGCGCAGGCGCUCGGCGGGCACAUGAACAUCCACCGCAAGGACCGCGCCAAGACGUCAUCGUCGUCGUUGUCGCGCCCGAGCAAUAGCAAGGACUACUACUCCGAGAGCUACAGCUACUACAACGCGUACGCCGCGCCGCACCACCACCGCCUCCUGCCGGAGCUCUACCCUCCUCUGCCGGCCGCACCGGAGCCGUCGAGCAACUUCGCGGUGUAUUUCCCGAUGGCAUCGGGACCAAGGGAUCAUCAUCAUCAUCAUCAUCAUCAUCACGAUGUGAGUGGUAGUAGUUGCACUAGUACUAGUGGUGCACAUAGGCCACAAGAGCUUAGUCUCUUUGGCGAGGAGUUGCACUUGAGCUUGAGCAUGCAUGGCAGGGAUGGGCUAAUGGAGAAGAGGGAGGUUGAAGAGAGGGAGCUGGAUUUGGAGCUAAGGCUUGGUCAUGAUCAUACACAAUAUAAAUAA